GGAAGUUUCUAGGAGUGCGCAAUGAGUCCUUUUCUGCUCUUCUCGGAGGUUUUGCUUUAUUCUCAAGAGCGAAGCGAUGGGCGGCGGUGAGGCAGAAUUUCACGCAAUAGUAACCUGACGGAGGCGGCGUUUUGGCUGCCGAAUAGCCGCUUCUUAAAAGGAAUGUUUGGACUGUUUAAUUACCAAAAAGAAAGAAACAAAAGCCGGUUUUAAUUCGGUGCCUGUUUGUGUUGAGGAGAACUUGGCCAUCGAUUUCAAUAUUCUUUUUAAAGCGCUUGCCUCAACUCUGCGCCGUUACCCGUAGCAGUUGCUUAUGUGACCAGGAUACUAGAUAGAUAUGCUGCGAGAUACAAGGAAAUUGUUACUGGGUCCCCUCAAAGUGGUAUGUUUACACAGUGUGGUAAGUCUUCCCCCCCCCAUCGAUUAUUUUUUUUAAAAAACUAGAAAGUAUGUUAAUAGCCAGUGUUACACAGAUAGUAUUAUGUAGGCUGUUUUUGCAUUUAUUUAUUUCUAUUUAUUAAGCACCUCCCAGAAAAUAUCUCAAGGUGACAUGAACAAUAAAAGCAAUUAAAAAUUCCAUUUGUCAACAGCAUAUGCAAUAUUUCAAUUUCAGAUUGAAUAAAUAUAUUUCACUUAAAAGCCUUAUUGGAAAAUGAAGGUCUUCAGUAGGUACCAGAAAGAGAAUACAUAAAUAGUGCCUGUCUGAUGUGUAAUGGAAAGAAGUUACAAAGGGUGCAACCACACAAAAGGCUGUUUCUGUACUGGACAGACCUUCUGAUGAGAUGGUAUCCACAGGAGGUCCUGUACUGCAGAGGGCAAUGAUUAAUUGCAUAUAUAAGGGCUGAGGUCACCAUAAGAUAUCCUGGCCCCAAACUGCAUAGGGCUUUGUAUCCCAAAAACAACACAUUGAUCUUAGUUUGGUAGCUAAUUGGCAGCCAGUACAAUUUAUUCCAUAGUACUUAUAAUAUGUUGCGGCUUCUGGUCCAACCUCAAGGGCAGCUUCACAUGCAGCCCAAUUCAGUAAUCCAAACCGGAGGUUACCAGUGCAUGGAUGAUGGCUGUCCUGGCCCACAAACAGCUGCAACUGUGUUAUCAGCUGAAGCUGUUAAAACUCAAUUAUAGCUGCUGAGGACACCUGGGCCUCUAUUGCCAGGUGGAUCUAUGAACCUGCUUUUUCAGGGAGAGUAUGUAAUUAACUAAGCUUAUGAGUUUUUUUUGCUGGAUGUUAACGUUCUGUGUUUGGUUGACCUAGGCUGUAUCUGUGACUUAUGCUUAAGAUAUCUAAAACUAGCUAGCUAGUUCUAGCUGGAAAUAUCAGCAUUGGUCUUCUGACAGUGACAUGUAUUGUGUAGAUAAAAUUAUUUUGGUGAGGUGUGUUGGCUUUCUCUAAUUGUGAUUUUCCCUUUUGAAGUGUAUGUAUUGCAGAAAAUCAAGAAUUAUAGCUGUAAAAUGCUUCAAAGGUUCUUUGACUCUUCAGAGAAGUUACAGUUAUCCAGCAGGUAAUUCCUUCCCCCACUCCCAGCUUACAUUUUCUAUACAGAUCUACUAUAAUAUGAUAAAAAGGAAUGAGAUAUACUUAUGAAAAUAUGCUACUGUGCAUAACUGUUACAUGCCAGUAUUAUUGUUGUAUGUAAAGGUUCUGUAUGUGGAAUUAUUUUUGUAGCUGAUAGUAGGAACAUAGGGAACUGCUUUAUACCAAGUCAGACAAUCUGUCUAACUCGGUAUUGUCUACAGAGUUAUCCAGGUUUUCUCAUGGGGGUGAGGAGACACCCUUCAGAGUUGACAGUGCUGAUAAUCACAUCAGCCAGAGAAAAAAGUGUGUGUGUGUGUGUGUGUGUGUGUGAGAGAGAGAGAGAGAGAGAGAGAGAGAGAGAAAGAGAUCCUCAUGUUCAGUAGUAGACGCAAGUGCAGGAGGAUCUCUGAUUGGUACUGAUGCUUGUGCUGUGAAACAUAACUUCUACUCAUUGGAAACAUUAUUAAUGCUCUGGCCGCUUCUCUUUUAAUAGGUGAAGUAAAAUCUUUGCGCUCUAUUAUCUCUCCACCUGCCUCUAAGUAAGUAAUUAAUUUUCAUAUAUUCUAUUUUUCCUAUUUAUUUUUUGCCCUUCACACAUUGGUAUUAGGGUAGGCUACAAUAAAAUUCAGCAAAAAAGAAUUCAUUCAGUAAAACCACAAGAAAUAGUGUACUAAAAAAGGGCUGGGAACCAGGCUAAGCAGCUGGAUGUGGCCCUCCAGGUCUCUCUAUUUGGCCCUUGCAACUCUCUGUAGGCCAAGCCCCUGUCCAGCCGUGCUCCAUGCUCUCUUUGUGUUUUGUCUGGCUGGAAUGUCAUUGAACUAUAAUGCCUCUUACUUGCCCAAAUGAAGAAAUGGGUGUGUAGAAACGUCUCUUGAUUUCUGCAUGCCUGUGGUACAAAUCUAUUGCUCUGCCUGUUUGUGCCUCUGAUCCUACUCACCACUGGAAUGCAGCCCCUAGGGUUUAAAGACUGUUCAUGUACAGAUGAGCAAAGUUAUUUUUUAUGUAUUAUUUGUAAAGUUAUAAUUGCCUUAAAUACUUGGGUGCUAAAUGGGAAUUCUUUGCUUUUCUUAAACAGAAUCCGCAACAUUGGCAUCAUGGCUCACAUAGAUGCAGGAAAAACAACUACCACCGAAAGGAUGCUGUAUUAUUCUGGGUACAUAAGAAACCUAGGAGGUUAGUUAACAAAAACUGCUAUGGUUCAUUCUUAGAGAGGGAGAACACACAUAUAAAGUAUUGAACCACUCAAGCCUCUGCCGCAGGUUAAGUUGGCUGUCACCUUUCUUGUGCUGGUGCAGACUGGGCAGUCUCCUAUCCUUCUACUUGCCUAGUUGUCAUUUUCUUUUUCUCUUUCUGGGGUCCCUUUUCAGGGUUCCUGAGUAAUAAUCCUGGUGCUUUCCCUAUGAGGUCUGCUCACUGCCCUGUCCCAUGUUUGGCACAGGAAGAGUUUCUGGGCAUGUCCAUGGAGGUUAUGGGGCUCUGUUUGCAGGUGUCUUUUUUUGGUUUUUUUUGUUCUUUGUAUUUCUGUUCUUUGUGUGUAGGAGGAUCUGUUCUGCUUGUUGUAUGGGCCUCUGCACUGAUACUAAGGUUUGGCUUAAUUUAUCAUUUGCACUUUUAAAAUGCAGCCUUGCACACAUACAAAGUGAGGUUUUGACCGUGGCAUUAAGGAUGAGCUAUUUACUUGCGUUGCCCCUGCCAUGACUUUCUUGCAAUGCAUUCUACCUCUCCCACCUGUCCAGCACCUUGCAUGGUUCACCUAUCCAUUCAAUGGAUAGGACUUCUGUUUCCGUUGGUGCAGGAAUACUGCUGCCCUUAUACAAGGCCAUGUACUUGGCAUCCUAAACAGCUUUCCCGGUCUUUGACAUUAGAUAGGAGAACUGGGCCUUAGGCAUUUUGUUUUAUAGCAUUUCCCCAGUGAUACAUUGCAUUCUGAUAAAAUGAAUCAAGAGCUAAGAUCAUUUUACAGUGGCCAAACUGAAAAAAGCUACAUUCUUUUUAUUAAUCAGAUGUUGAUGAUGGUGACACAGUCACAGAUUUCAUGGCACAGGAGCGAGAACGUGGCAUUACCAUUCAAUCUGCUGCUGUAACUUUCGAUUGGAAGGGCUACAGAAUAAAUCUGAUAGACACACCAGGUAUGUUAUUUUGAGUGAGCGAGAUAAAGUCAAGGCAAUUGUGACCAAGUAACCUCAGAUGGCAUUGAAAACGUGUAGCUUUGAAAAUUUUGAUGAAGUCUUGAAAACUUCCACUUUUCAAUUAAUGUACUUAUAUAGUGAGUGUAAUUCUCCUGGGAAUUUCCCCUGUGUCGUGUCAAUUAAAAAGAAUAGGAGCUCUGCAAGAAUGUAAAAGUUAUCUGUCUGCUGGAGAAAUUCCUGCUGACUAUGGUCUGUUACUAUAAAAACCCUCACAUCAUUAAGCAAGUUGGUUUCAUAAUGUAACUGGCUAAAUCCACAAAGGCCAUAUGCUUGUUCUUGGAUCAUCUGUUUGAUGCAUGUUGUGUUUAUAAUUUUGUCUAUUUCAGGAUCAGAGUCCAGGAAAACUUGGGUAGACAUAAGUUUUUAACAGACAUUUAAAAGCAUUACUGUCUGGGGCUCUUUUCAGAGAGUGGGUGCUAUCACCAAGUGACAAUCCACUGGACAUGGAAUGACAUGUAGGGUUUUCUUAGAAGAUCUUAACUAUCAGUUUGGUCUGUACCAUGGGAAGUAGUCUGCUAAGUACCAUUGUGCCAAGUUGUUUAGGAUUUUAAAUGUCAGCAACAAAACUUUGAACUUAGCUUGGCAGCUAAUAGGCAGCCAGUGCAGAUCUUUCAACCCACUAAGCACUCUAGUAGCUGCAUUUUGCAUCAGCUGCAGCUUCUGAACCAGACACAAGGGUAGUUCCACAUACAGUGUGUUACGGUAGUGUAAUUGUGAGGUUACCAGUGACACAAUUUGGCCUUAAAUUCCAAGGUACUUCAUGUCCUGGUGGAUAUCAGUGCUGCAGAAGCUUGUUUGGAGUGGAUGUGUCUGGUUCUUGAUAAAUCACGCAGAGGCAAAGUUCAUUAGCAAAAGAAGAAAUUUUACUAAAGGUUUUCCAACUUCGUUACAAAAAGAAAAAACCCUUCAGAAGUGUUAGAAAACAAAAUUAAGAAUGAGAAACCAGCCCACUGAGCUCACAGAUUUAUCUGUCUGGUUCAACGUAACCUUGAGAUAACAGAACAUAAAUCAGAGUAUCUCCAGCUGCCUCAGCAGAAAAGAACAGAACUUUCCAGAAUGAACCAGUAUUUCCCAGUUUGUGCCCUCAAAGACUUUAGUCACAACAACCAGUGCAUGGACCAUACUGGCUAUGCUAUCUCUGUGCAGGUAAUGUGUAAGCCACUGAAUUCACCAGGCUAGUGACAGUGAUUUACAGUAGUACCUCAGGUUAAGUAAUUAAUUCGUUCCGGAGGUCCGUUCUUAACCUGAAACUGUUCUUAACCUGAAGCACGGCUUUAGCUAAUGGGCCCUCCUGCUGCUGCUGCUGCUGCGCCGCCGGAGCCCGAUUUAUGUUCUUAUCCUGAAGCAAAGUUCUUAACCUGAAGCACUAUUUCUGGGUUAGCGGAGUGUGUAACCUGAAGCGUAUGUAACCGGAAGUGUAUGUAACCCGAGGUACCACUGUAUUUAGGAUCACCCCUAAGCUACACUUCUGCUCUUUCAGAUGCAGUGCAAACCCACCCAGAACUGUUACACAACUCAAUUCUAGGAACUUGGAACUACCCACCAUAGGAUCUCAGUCUUAUUAGUUACUUUCCGUCCCCUGACUGCACCCAAAGACUGGUUUAGGCCAUGCAUGGCCUUUCCUGAUUCAGAUGUUACAGAGAAAUAGAUCUGAUAUUGUCAGCAUGCUGGUGACACUUUCCCUCAGAUUGCCUAAUGGCAGCCCACAACAACUUCAUAUAAAUAUUAAAUUGGGAAAAAAUCCUCUCCUUUGGCACUGCAGAUCAGCUAACAGAGGGCUCAGGUGUCUCUGGAACUGACCCUGUAAAUAGGAGCAAAGCCACUGUAAAACGGUGUCCUCCCAUUUCACAAAGAUGAUCCAGGAGGAGACAGUGAUAAGCUGGGUCAAAAGCUGCUGAGAGAUCCUGGAGAAUCAAUAGGAUCACGCACCUGCUGUUGCUCUCUAUUGAAGUUCAUCCACCAGGGUGUCCCCAAACCAGGCCUGGGUGCAGACUGGAAUGGGUGUAGAUCAUCAGUUUCAUCCAAGAGGGUCUGUUGUGGUUUUAGACUGAGUGCCUAUUCAUCACAAACCAGUAAAAAGUUAUUAGGUGAAGACAUGCUGCCUUUCUAAUAUUGUUAAAGCGUUACUAUUCUUAUGACCUCUGUUACUUCUCUGUGUAAAUUGUAUGUUAGGUCAUGUGGACUUUACAGUGGAGGUGGAACGUUCACUGAGAGUGCUGGAUGGAGCAGUGGCUGUAUUUGAUGCCUCGGCUGGUGUGGAAGUAAGGAUGACCACAGUGUGCUGUGACUUUACCUCACUUUAGUCCUGUUUCUAUAGCCAUGAUUUUAACUGAUGAGAACUUAAGGCCUAGAUGCUCACUUCCACCAGCAAAUGCUUGCCUCACGUUAUAAGGAGAGCGUAUGUCAUGAGAUGGAGGUAAAGGCAGGACAAGAGACUUUUGGGGGUGGUUAGUGAUCUGCUGCCCAUGUGUCAAAGCUGCCCCCAUUUCUGCAAAAUGCAAGCCCCACAGCUAUGAACUGAGGAUCUAAUCUGAGGAUCCAAAAUGGCAGCAUCUGCAUGAUAGCAUAAGAAAUGCUGUGUUGGACUAGCAUUCUUUCUCCAGUAGAAGCUAGUGAGAUGCCUCUUGAAGUAUGCAAGAAGAGCAUGUUCCCUUGUUUGCCCAACAAGUACCGUACCCAGAGGUUUUAAUGACAUACUGAUUUCAGUGACAUAUAUUGCAGAUUGACUACAGUUGUUUUUUUAAAAGAGCUCCAGUUCUUUGAAGGUGCCUGCCAGCUGCCAUCCAACUCCCCCGCUCCAUUCCUCAUCCAUCUCAUUUGUCACUCAGUCUCUUGACUUCUCUACAUCUUGUCUCAUCUGUCUUACUGCAAACCUUCUGAGUAGGAGCCAUGCCCAUUUUGAUGCCUCAUACAUUGCAAGUGUUAAAUAAGCGUUUACACAAUUGUAGGUGACAGCAGGCACCCAUUUUGCCGAAAGGAUUGACACUUUCCAUCUUUGCCUUAGGCUCAGUCUUUGACAGUGUGGAGACAAGCAGACAAGCACCACAUUCCACGGAUUUGCUUCUUAAACAAGAUGGACAAAAAUGGAGCAAGGUACUAAGAUGUCUAUUUCUUCCAGGGUCAGUGAAGCAAGGAAAGGCUUGCUUCACUGAUUGUAUUAUAUUUUAGGGUGGUUUCUGAUUGCCCAAGAUUCGUGUGACUUAACACGAACGUUAACUGUGCGGUGGUUGCUUUAAUUCCUUUUAUGUGAAAUUUACAAAAAUGCUCACUUGCCUGGUUGCUUGGGAUGCUUCCUGGUCACCAGACAGGGUAACUUUACAAUAUUUGUUUGAUUCAUCCUUUGAUUCUACAAAUAACUUAGAUAUAAGUAUGUAUGAAAAGGCGGGCUUGAAAAAAGAAUGGUGUGAAUUAGAAAAACCUGGAUAUUUGCAAGACAGUUUUAAAAUAUUCAGAUAAGGAAGUUAAAUGCUUUCAAAAUAUGUACUUAAUCUGCCUAACUGACACCCUGGUCCUAUCAUGUUUGUGGAAAAUCCCAACUAACAUACAUAUGGUCCCAUCGAUUCAGGUCUUUAGAAAAGCUCUAAGGCCCAGUUUGUUUUGAGUUGCUUUCUCUUGGACUGAGAUGGGCUUAGCUGUUUUUAAAUGGGCUUUGUGUUGGCUGGAAAUAAACUAUUUUUAAGGUGCUUAUGCUGGUUGUUAACUCCAUUUGGUUUUAUUGUUGUCAGAUUCAAUUUUGGUAUUGUGUUUUAUAAGCUGGUUUGUGAAAGUUUGACCUUAACAGGCAACCUAGAAAUUUCUUUAAAAGAUUGAGCUGCUUGAGAUGCAAUGUCUCAAAUGUUUAGGGCAGCCUGCCUUGCAAACAGGACUCCCGGAUGGUGAAAGUGUUAGUCUGUUCAUUUAUUGCCCUGGUUUUCCUGUGUGUCUAGCAGCUUCAUACAUGCCAGAGUGGUACAUGUGACUGUGUACAUGGGCACAAUUUCUGCACCAUGACUUUAUCUGCUGACUCCAGGUUAUCACCUCUAUUACUAAACGGGGUUGGGCAGCAGCUUGUUACUAUUAGCCAGUAUAGCAAGCUGCUGCCCAACCAGUAGCUGUGGCUGCUGAUGCUCAGGCCUAGGUUCUACUUCUUUGUUAGUACAGCUACAUGUUGUGGUGGAGGUCCUGGGUUUGAUGGGCCUUGCUGCUGGUAUGAGCCAGGGAUUUGGUUAUUAGCAUGUGGUUUCUUGCAUUCUAACUUAAUAAACCAUUAGGGCCACAAGUGCAUAUUAUUUAAAGAUGAAUUCUUUAGUGUGUGGCUAAAAAAAUCAGACUGUUCAAUGAGUUGGGAGGGUUAUUAUUGAACUUAAGAUUUCCACAUUUGGAUCCUUUCUCAGAUGUUUAGUUUUUUGGUGUGUUUUUAGCUAAACCACUGUGUUUUUAUUUAGUUCCCUAUCUAUGUCUCAGGUGGGGGUUUUUCAUUGGGAGGAGUGACAUAUUGGAUAAAGAUAAGGACGUGAUUUUCUCUCUAAGAGUAAUAAAUUGUCUUUAGUUUCACCUAUGCAGUUGAGAGUAUCAGGCAGAAGUUGAAGGCUAAGCCUCUGCUUUUACAGGUAAUGUAAAACAAACUUUUACUUUUAAACAAUUAGCAUUAGUUACAAAUCAUAUUGCUAUGUCUUACUAUCUAAUUGGGGUUAUUUAUUUUUUUGUUCUCUCCCUCCCACUGCAUCCAGUUGCCAAUUGGAGAAGGAAAGAACUUUAGGGGAAUAGUUGACGUGGUGACCAUGAACCAAAUUAUUUGGAAAGCUGCAACUGAGUUGGAUAAUGGAAAGAACUUUGAACAGAAACCCUUGGAAGAAACUGAUGAUCCUGACUUGCUAAGGGAUGCCAGGGAUGCAAGAAAUGCCUUAAUAGAACAAGUAAAGUUCUAAAGUAAAUAUGAUAUGAAACAGUUGAGACCUUUGAUUAAUGCAAAUAUGUCUGAAAACCAAAACUCAAGUGACUGAUACUGUUGGCCAUACAAGUUGAGAUUCUGAUAAAAUUGUAUAUUGGGAUGAUUUAAAUAAUGAUACACUAGAAACUUUAAUUAUCAUAUUUUGUACAUUUGACUACCGGGUGAGAUAAAAGUUCUGUAUUUCCAUUUAUACAUACUGCAUUUUAAUUUGCAGAUUUGUACACUCCUAACCAUUUUUGAAUUUUGGUUCAAUAUAAACAAUGUUCCCUGUUUAGUUAGUAUAAGCGAUGUUGUGGUAUCUGCAGCCUUGUCAUUAUCCAAGGAAAACCUGAACUGCCCGUGGGAGUUUCUUCCCCGCUUUACCCAACGCUUGUUCUCUCUGGGUUGGAGAUAAAGAGGCUAAAAAUAUAAAAGCAGAAUUAGGGAAGUUUAUAGUUUCACUUUGCUGAAUACUCUAAAAUUCUAUAUUUUUAGAUUUUAUAUAUUCUUUUACAUGCCAAUUGGUGAUUUGCAGAUAGUCAAACGGACAUUUGGUGGACUAACUUGAAUAGUGUGUAAUAGCAGUAGUGUAGAUUAUUUUUUUUCUCUUCAUAAGGUUGCAGACCUGGAUGAUGAAUUUGCUGAGCUGGUCCUUGGGGAUUUCAGUGAGAAUUUUGAUGCCUUGCCAGCUGAUAAGGUACAUGGCUCUGGGGGUUGUUUAUUAUAUGAACUGCAUAUUAUUACAGUUUUAUUGUAUUUGUACAUAACAGGGUAGAGUGCCUUUUUCCUGCAUGUGUGAUGCAACCAAAUUAUUAAAGCUUGGUAGAGAAUGCUAGGAUACUGUGGCAAACCUGCAGGAAUGUGAUUUGGUAAGGGGAGUGAUGAGAUGGCAGCAGGCAGGGAAGGAAGGAAGACGAGACUAAAUCUGUUGUGAAUCAGUAGGUGCAUGACAUGUAUUGACAGUAUUUAGAAAUAGUUAAUAAAAGGGUACUGCCCCCUGCAGUUGACGGGAUAGUUAUCUUCUGCUCCAUGUCAGUAUUUUAGUCCAGACCAAAUAUUGAUACAAGCCAACAUGCAGAGCCGCACAACUAGUUCAUUGAGUCCAGGGGAACUUUGAACUGGCAGGCUGCAAACAGUUGCCUGCACCCCUUCCAUACAGUCCCAUGACUUUUUUUUGUGAGAAAAGUUUCACAAGCAGCUUGGGACACAGUGGAUGCGGGUAGGGCCCACUGUGCAAAUAAAAAUAGUUUUAAAAAAGAUAUUGGGUGCACUUAGGUCUUUGGGCAUACCUCGGCAGCACUGGGGUUCAUAAUGUUAAGCUGCAUGUCUUACUGGUAUUAAAACAUUUUUUAUUUUUAAUAAGGAAGGCAAUUCUUUCUAGAAACUGCAUGGUUUUAUGGGAAGACCUGAUCGUAAAAUGUUUUAAAAUGAUAUCCUACUAAUAUGUUCUGUUUAUAAUGGGAAACAAUCCUUAGGUUGAAACAAGAGCCACAAGCCAUAAAACCAAAUGGUAGCUACAAAGCCAUAGAAAGGAUAGGGUUUUUUUGUGGGCAGCAAUAUUAUAAACCCUGAGGGUCAAAGGUAUAUUCAGGAAGGUGCUUGCAAUUCCUGCAAGGUGAAGACUGAGGAAUAUGGCCAGAAAGCCUAUUCCAUAGCACUCAUCGGUUGCUUUGAUUUUUAGGGUGGCUUGAGAAAAGAAUAUGCCCUAAAAGGAAUUUUCUGAGGUCUUUGAUAAAUAUCACAUAAUGCAUAUCAAGCAGAAACCCAUAACUUAAGUAUUUUUUCAUUAGGACCUGGAAUAAUGUAUAUGAUAAACACCUUAUGACCAAAACAAAAUACCAUCCAAAGGUGCAACUCAGUUAAUGCUUGAGCUGUAUACUCUUCCUUUGACUCUUAAGUAGAUCAUUGUUAAAAUUAUGAAUCUCUGUGCCUCUGCAGUUGCACUCUGCUGUACGAAGAGUAACCCUAGCACAGAAAGCUGUACCUGUGUUCUGUGGAAGUGCACUGAAAAACAAAGGUGUUCAGCCAUUAUUGGAUGGCGUCACCAGGUAUUUACCUGCACCGGAUGAACGCAGCUACGACUUCGUGUGAGUAAGAAGAUGAUGCGUUUUAAUAAGUUUAAGCAUGUGUUAGAAAAGCCAUGAAAAAGAAACCAUUUAUUAACAUCUUAUGGGAGAUUACAAAUAGGCUGGGUUCUUGGGGAGGAGAGAGAGGCUCUAGUGAGGCAUAGACCUGGGAAGCAUGCACAGACCACACAUUGUAAGUAGCAGCUGGUCUGCUGCAAUGUGCACUCAUAGCCCAGGACUCGGUAAUUCCUAUGCAGAUUCCUAAAAGGAUGCAGGGUACACAAUGCCCCUCAUUUUUCUAUUAAGCAGUUUUAUUUUAGCUCUGCUAAACUAGCACCAAUAAACAGAUUAUUCGUAUAGCCAGGGAAAAUACCCUAUUUUUUAUCAUUCAAAAUAUCCGUUAAUGUUAUAUUUUUCCUUCAUUACUUUUUGCAGGCAGUGGUAUAAAGAUGACCUGUGUGCUCUAGCAUUUAAAGUUAUUCAUGACAAACAACGUGGGCCGUUGGUUUUCUUCCGCAUUUACUCUGGCACGAUGAAGCCUCAGUCAGCUGUCUAUAAUAUUAGCAAAAACUGCACGUGAGUAAGAAAGGGGUGAGGAAAGAAUUGUGCGUGUAACUGUUCGGAUUCCUCAAUAGGAGCAGCAUUUAAUCUGAGCUAUUCCUUGCAGGGAGAGAAUGAGUCGCCUGCUUCUUCCUUUCGCUGAUCAGCAAAUAGAAAUCUCUUCGCUAACGGCUGGCAAUAUUGCCCUCACAGUUGGAUUGAAACAGGUGAAGAAAUAUGAAUCCCAAACAUUUUUGAAAAAUUGCAUCAACAUUAAUGUGGAGAAUUACUACCAUUUUGCUGAUUGACAAUAUUACUGGGGAAAAGUGAAACCAAUUCUCUAGUGACUUCUUUAUUUUUUAAUAAGUUUUUUGUUGGUUCUGUUAGGGAAUCUCUGCAGCUCUAAGCUGACUAGCAAAGGAUUCACUUUGUAGUAAGGAACAAUGUGUUAAACAUCAAAGACGCUUUUGUCCCAGUUUUUUCAAUAUGGUUCUCUCUAUUGGCAAAGAAAAACAAUUAGAGAAGGUGAGUUGAAGCAAAACCAAAAAGUUGCUCUAAUUGCUGUCAUCCCAAAUUGCCUGGGAAAAGACUGCCUUCGGCAAUUGGCUAAUUUUCUGUGCUUUUUAAUGAUGAAAACCAAUUACAUGUUGACAAACGACAUGCCAUGUGCUUUUUGGCAUCCCCCAGAGUGCCACUGGUGACACCAUUGUUUCGUCAAAGGCUUCAGCAAUGGCUGCAGCUCAACAAGCUGGAAGAAAUGUGGGGUCAAAGCACGGUCGAAGCAGCGAAGUAGAGAAUCUUAUCUUGGCCGGCAUUGAGAUUCCAGAGCCAGUCUUCUUUUGUACCAUAGAGCCGCCUUCCAUGGCCAGGCAACCAGGUAUGAUGCAAUUACUGAAAGUGCUAAUAGUGUACUCUUAAUUCAUACAUAGUUCUGAAGAAAUAGAACAUUCUGUGAUUUCUCAAUAUGCACAAUGUGUUCAAGAAGACAUAUUAAAAAGGGCCAGUGUUCUCAUUUAGAUCCAGGAUGGAGGAGGGGAUGAAUAUGCUUUGCCAGUUUAUAAAAAGUUCUUUAAAGUACAGUCGUACCUUGGAUCUUGAAUGGCUUAGUUGCUGAAUGUUUUGGUUCCUGAAUGAUCGAAAACCGGGAGUAUUCUGGUUUUUGAAUGUUUUUUUGGAAGCUGAAUGUCUGAUGGGGCUUCCACAGCUUCUGAUUGGCUGCAGGAGCUUCCUGCAGCCAAUCAUAAGCCGUGCUUUGGUUUCUGAACAUUUUGGAAGUUGAACGGACUUCUGGAACAGAUUCCGUUCUACUUCCAAGGGAAGGCUGUAUUGACUAAAAUGCCUAAUUCAGAGUCUAGGACAGAGCUUUCCUAACUUUUCAUGCCUGUGACACACAUUUUAGACAUGCAUCAUUUCGCAACACAGUAAUUUAGUUUUACUAGCAAACUUGAGGUUAAAUGAACCCCUUUCAAGCCCUGGGAGUGUUCACACAACACACACUGCAACUGGUACACUAAUGUGUCGCGACACACAGUUUGGAAGGCUCUGGUCUAGGAACAAGGUCUGUACUGCUAAGCAUGAAUGUGAUUGGCAGCUCCCUGUGUGACAAAAGAUUUCUUGAAAUGGAUUCAGGGGUUUCAAAACCAGCUUACGAUGGACUGGUUUUGCCAGUCGAUGGACUACGAUGGAACAUAGCGUUCAAAGGGGAAGUGAGGGAGAGAGAAAUUAUCAUUGGGACCAUAAGCAUUUGAAUUAUUUUCCUUCCAUCACAUUGGUGGACUUUUGAUCUAUCUUUUGUUGGAAGCUAGAAUCUUUUAGUACAGCAGUACAGAAACAUUAAUAGGUUGAUCUCAGCUAAUGAUACUUUAGCUAUAUUUGGAAGGCUUUGCUAUUCCUAUAUAUUGCUAUUUACUCCAACCUUUCUUUGAUGGAAGGGGAGCAGGAACACAGCAACACAGCUGCCUCUUCCCUCUCCUACCUUUAAUUUUCACAGAUUAUUUAAAUCCUCAGCAGUCUACUUAAACCCCAAUUGUGCUCUUCAUACUUGAUAUAUAGUCAAUACUUUUAUUUUAGAUCUAGAUAAUGCCUUGGCUUGCCUGCAACGUGAGGAUCCAAGUUUGAAAGUCAAGAUAGAUUCAGACACCGGGCAGGUAAGGCCUUACUAAACUUCUCCCAAUAUUAUACCGUCGAUGCUUCCUUGACUGUGUUUUUAAUGUAUAUGGAUGCAACAACUAUUGCGCUGUCUUAGGCUAAUUCAAGUCUGUAAUGUAGAUAUAUCCUAAGUGCCAUGGCUUUCCAAUGAGAAAUGUUGGGAAUUUGUUUUCUGUAACAGUAUUAUUUUCCCUUCUCAUAAAUAUGCAGUUCUGCUGCUUCUCUGGAAGCCAUUAUGAUUAAACUGGUUUAAAACCAAUUUGGGUUUGUAUUACUAAGAUGUGAUUUAAAAAUAGAAACAAAAACGGAGGUUUAACAAGCAAGUAUUAGUGUUACAAAUUUUACAACUUUAUUUUUUAUAGCUGUGACCUUUUACCUGUAAACUGCACACAGCUUGACUCGGCACCAGUUUACUUCAUUGGAAAGUUGUUUAGAUAUGUUAAGAGGCCAUAAGUUUAUAACAUGUGAUAAUAUUUCUUUAAAUAUUGAGAAAAAUAUAAAUGAAGCCACAUGAAUGCUACCAGUGUAAAGGAUAUUCUGAGGGUUAUUUUGUUUUGUUUUGUGGCAUAAAAAACAUGUAUCUCAAACUGGUAACUUUAAUACUGACCUGCAUUCUGUUUUAGAUUAUGAAGCUGUCCUUAUUUAUUCUGUUUUUAAAUCCAGAAAAUUUUAUAAACUCGUAUAUUCCCUUUAUAUUAUGUCACUUUUUCACAUGCCUCUAAUUCUCCAUGCCUUUAUUUCUCCAACCCAUAGUUCAUUUCUGGCUUGCAAAUUGAAAUUUUGGAUUUGCCAUAUACUUUUGAGAUCUGUUAACAACAACAUAGUUUAAGCUAAUCUAUUUUGCAGGGUUCUCCCACUAUUCUCAGUUAAGUUAAAUGAACCAACGUAGGCCGAAGUCACUGAAAAAUGCAAUCUGCUUCUUGCUGUGUUGCUGUUCCCCUUGAUCUAAGUUUUGUUUUUUUAUCUCAUCUGAAAUAUCCUUUUUGAAAGAAGAUAAAAGCAGCUCACCUCUAUACCCCAUGACUUUGAUGUAACUGUUAAGAAUCCUUUCACAUUUUUUGCCAGACUAUCCUCUGUGGCAUGGGAGAGCUGCACAUUGAGAUCAUUCAGGACCGAAUCAAACGUGAACAUAAACUUGAGACCUAUCUGGGACCUCUUCAGAUAGCUUACCGGGAAACAAUCCAAAACUCUGCUAAGGCUAUAGGUAAAGUAACUGUCAUCUUGGACCUGCAAGUGAACGACUUAAAAAUUUGUUGGCAAAAAGUUCAGUGUGAUCUGUGGGAUUUCCAUUAUUUCGUCACAGACACGCUGGACAGAACUGUAGGAGAGAAACGGCACCAGGUGACCGUAGAAUUGGGAGUGAGACCAUGGGCGGGAGAAACGUCAGCAACAGCACCGGUCAUUGAGUAUGCGGAGAACGUCUGUGACUUGCUCCAGCCAGACCUUCGUGAAGCUAUAGCAAACGGAGUCCAUACAUCGUUCCUUCAAGGUAAGAGUCACCUCAAUCCUUAUUUUGAAUUUAUUAGAAUUGUUGUUUUCUGAGUGCCUAGCCCAAGCCAAGACAUUGCGUGGAAUGGAUCCAACAUAAUGAUCAGAAUCUUCCUCUCCAUCUGCACCCCACUUGCCUGUCCCUACCCCCUUGUUCUGGGCUUGAUUAUGUGUUGUUAUGAAGAAAAUACUGCAAAAAAUAAGUGUUCCGAAAUUUGUAUGUGAAAGUCUUUUAAGAGGAUUUUUUUUAAAAACAACAAACUAAACACACAUGGCAGCGCGGCCUGGAAUCUGAGCUCUGCAACCCUGAUAAUUCUGUGAAAGAGAUUUUAAGUAUGUUUAGCACCAUGGAUAAAAGUUGCCUGAGGUAGCUCAAACCAGUCAGUUGAUGGAUGAAUCAUGGCAGUCAGUUCUGGUUUCUGAUCAGAGUUGGUGUUCUCUUGGUCAGCUCAGCCUGCCUAAAUAUUAAAUUCUUCAUACCUUUUAUUUUCCCAUUCCAUGGGUUGGUAGAAAAUUGGAAACUGUAAAUUAAUGUAAAUAUAUAUAUUCCCCUAUUUUGUUUGAUUACUCAGUUUCUUUUUUUAAAGAAAAAGAACAAAGCUUGUGUGUCUGGUGCCGUUUGCCAGUGUUGUCCUUGCCUAAUGAUAGGUAGAUUACCAUUAGUGAUGACUGGGGUGCUUUUACUUUUUCGAGGCUAGUAAGAUGACCAAAACAACAGAUUCCCUGCCAGUCAGUGUAGACAGCAUUGAGCUUGAUGGCCAAUGGCUUAACUCUGAGUAAUGCAGAUUUCUGUGUUCCUGGCUACUAUCAGUGUCAACUAAAUGUUAUGCAGACAUUAAGAAAUGUCCUUUUCCUAGCUUCCUAAGAAAUGUUCAUUUGGUGUUAAUGCAUUCUUUGUAUUUUCAUGUUGUAGGACCACUGCUGGGGUUUCCAGUUCAAGAUGUAGUAGUGACGGUACAUGCAGUGACUGUAAACUCCGAUACAUCUCUGACAAUGGUUUCUGCUUGUGUUUCUCGUUGCAUGCAAAAGGUAUAAGUCCAACUGUCUUUCUGAGGUCAUUUGCAGCAGUCUUCAUUCAAAGUAACAGAAUUACAGAGGGGUUAAACAGUCUCCCUUAAUGGUAUUGUCCGGUGGUUCCCAAAUGGUGGUCUGCAGAACCUAGGCGGUCUGUGGCACCAUUCACAUAACAAAAACUACCAUAGACAUAUCAAAACUUUCCAAAGUAGGGGGUCCAUGGCUUUGCUUUCAAAAAACGGGGUCUGCAGCUAAUUGGGAACCACUGGUAUAGUCUGUUGGUGGCAUCUUCAGGAUCGUAAUAUGCCCAUUUUCAAAUGUACAGGAGGCCCACAAUUUAUACAGGGGCUACAUUCCAGGGGUCCAUGUGUAGAGGCAAAAUCAUGUAAAGUCAGGAAGACCCCUGGAAACCACUGCUCAAGCACCCCUGUCUGUCCGGAGCAGGCCUUGUCCCUCCUUGCUUACUGUAUCCUUCCCAGAGCCUGCUGAGCAAGGCUUUGCCUGCCACAGAAAGAGUUUUUAAAGCCUUGCUUAGCAGCUUCUGGAGGCUCUUGUGAGAUGUUGCACAGCCCCUUCCAAUGGUUUCUUCCUUCUAUUUAUUUUUUGAUAACACGCAAUUUACUUAUGCCAUAUUCAAUUCCAUUAUUUAUUUGCUUUACUUCUGUUGAUAUUCUCAUGCACAACCAGCAAAGGUGCUAUUACAGAUUAAUUAUGUGAUAUGUUAGUGUCAUGUAUAUUGAUGACUGUACUGAAUAAGCAUUUGCCUUUAAGAAUGUUCUUAUUCUGCUUGUUAGGCUCUGAAGAAAGCUGAUAAACAAGUGCUGGAGCCUCUCAUGAACCUGGAAAUAACAGUGGGCAAAGAUCACCUUGGUGCCGUACUGGGUGACCUUGCACAGAGAAGAGGCAGCAUUCAGGAAAUUCAGGGUCGCCAAGACAACCAAGUUGUAAUUGCAUCUGUUCCAUUGGCUGAAAUGAUGGUAUGUGCGUAAAUAUACAGAUGCUGCAUAUUUAUUUUGUUUUGUUACCAAGGUGUUUUGCUGCUCUGUUGAACAAAGCAAGGCAUGCCUACACUACAAGUGUGAAAUUUAACUACUGUUGCUUUUCAUGAAAAGUAGGAACUAUAAUUUUUGAUGGUGCUAAGAUUUCCGUAUAAAGUUGUCUUAUUCUGUGGUAGACCGAUGGUUAUCAUCUUGCUAGUUCAUACCGUCCAGUUUGAUUGGACUGGAGUUAACUGGAGUUAAACCAGAGCGGUGGCUGCUUUUCUAGGAAUUAAACUACUUAAUGGUUCCAGUGGAAUGAUUUUUUUAAAAAAAUUAAGGAAGUAGUUGUGUAACCUAGUAUGGAUCAACUUCUAUAAAAGUAAUUAUUAUCUGUUGGUUUUUGUUGUAGGGUUAUUCAACAGCUUUGCGCUCUUUGACAUCUGGCUCUGCAACAUUUACCUUGGAAUUGGCAAGCUACCAAGUGAUGAGCCUCCCGGAGCAAGCUGCUCUGCUUAAGAGGAGUGGUUUGCAGUAAUAUCAGCAUGGAGGAACAAGGCAGCAGUGGAUUUUUGUAAGUUUCCUACUGUCAAAGCAUGUGGCUUCAGUUUAGCAUGCACACAGUGGGAGUAUCUUGUAAAAUACUUGCUAGUUACAAAAUUUGAGCAGAGUAUUUUCACAGAAGUAGUAAAACAGAAGCAACUACCUCUUCCAGGCUACUGUAUUACUGCAGUUGUCUGCUUUCAGUGAUUACGUAGAACGCUGUGCAAUAUUUGUGUCUCAUUCUGAAUACCAUAUUUUUCGCUCUAUAGGACGCACUUUUCCCCUCCAAAAAUUAAGGGGAAUGUGUAUGCGUCCUACGGAGCGAAUGCAGGCUCAUUGGCUUCAGCGAUAGCAACAAGAAGCCUCCGAAGCGCAGAGGGAGUGCUUCCUCCACGCUCCGGAGGCUUCUCGUUGCUUUCGUUGAAGCCUGGAGAGCGAGAGGUGUCAGUGCGCACCGACCCCUCUUGCUCUCCUGGCUUCAGGGAUAGCCGCCUGAAGCCUUUGGAGUGCAGCGUGAGUUACCGCUGCGUUCCGGAGGUUUCAGGUUCCUUUCACUGAAACCAGGAGAGUCUUGCUCUCCCGGCUUCAGCAAAAGGAACCCAAAGCCUGAGGAGCGCAGCGGGAACUUGCGCUGCGCUCGGAAGGCUUCAGGGAUAGCCACACGCAGCCCCUCCAGCAGGGAGAUGCUGCGUGGGGCUAUGGCUUCUUAAACCCCGCGCAGCCUCUCCCUGCCGGAGGGGUUUCGCGCGGCUAUGGCACAAGCCAAGACAAUGAGCGGGAUCCAUCCUGCUCGCUGUCUUGGCUUGUGCCAUAGCCACGCGCAACAGCUCCGGCAGCGAGAGGCUGCGAGCAGCCUGUACGCUGCUCUUUGGGGCUGGGGGGGGGAAUAAGAUUUUUUUUCUUGAUUUCCCCCUCUAAAAACUAGGUGCUCCCUAUGGAGCGAAAAAUACGGUAAUUUACAAUGACAAAUGUGUAUGCUAUGUUCCCUACUCAGAGGAACAAGUUCCUUAUUAUAUGCAUUCUAACCCUUGAAUUAUAGUCCUUGCCUCAACCCAGCCAUCUGCAACAAAAACAUACGCACAGGUUCCUUUUUCGAAUGAGCUACUUUCUCUUAAAAAGUUCAACAUCAUUUAUUUUUUCCACAUCUAUAAGAAAUUAACCUUCUCUAAAUUUCCGCAUUUCAAAAUGAGAGUGCUCCAGUGCAGUAUUCAACAGGAAUCUGCAGGUUUUUCUUCCCAAAAGGCACUUCUGGCAAUGUCCUCCUACAGCUGUUAGGGGUCUCUUGCUUCGUGCCUGCAGUAUCCAACAAACAAAGGCGCCGCCGCUAUUCCACGCCUGUGGGGGAGAGAAGUGUGACUUGCUUUGCCUUUUGAGAUUAAUAAACUUCCAAGUUUUGAUGUAAGAAAUCUACACUGAUUAUUGAUGGGAUUGUACCUGCUGUACUAGAUUGUAUUUCUUACCUGAGCAUGCGACAACGAUGUUCAUUAAGCCUGUUAUAAGCAUCUUCAAUAUCAGUUACAUUUUUACUGCUCCAGAGUCUCUCCCCAACAGCACUUGCCCGAGGCCUGGAAUAUGAAUAGGAAUAGAAGACAAUUUUUAAAAAAAAUAAAAUCUAAUUUAAAUAUAAAUUGGUUACUGUCCAUGCAAAAUAAAAGUAUUUGCAACAUG